AUGCAUAUGUUUUGCACCCUCUCCUUCUUCCUGCUGAUGGUGUUCUACCUGGUGAGGGCCACAGUGUCUAACAGCUUCAGAGACUGCAGCCAGUUUUUCUACAUGCAAACACCUCCUACAGGUAUCAAGGGGUCAAACCCGAAGCAUAUAUGCCAGAAGUAUGUAGACAAACUCCGCUACGCCACGUUGUACGACAGCAGCCACCACCUGCCUCUCUACUCAGCGUACAUUUUUAAGAAGUCCAAUGGGAAGAGGAGGGCAGACACACCCUGGAUACAUAAGGAGAAAAACAUGCUGGAUAAACUGGUGUCUGAUGAUGACGGCGGUAACAUGAAGGUCCUUCCUCUAAGCAACGACACCCCCCCUCUGAUUGAGGACAGCCAGACUGUGUUGGAUGACUACAUCGAUGCCGUAGACUACAGGCGAGGUCCUCUGACUCCAGAUCAGCACCAAGCAGACCCAGAAGACAAGUCCUCCACCUACACGUUGACCAACACCGUUCCACUCGUCACAGACUUCCUGGACUCCUCCUGGAACCCAUAUUUAAACCUCAUCCGCCAACGUCUGAACAACUUCUGCCACAGUAAAUCAUUCAUCGUGACCGGGGUAACUUUUUCAGGGGCAGCUAUCAACCGUGAUAACAGGGACCGCCUCGUGAUACCCAAACACUUAUGGCUGGCGUACUGCUGCCCGCUGUAUGAUCGUAACUCACCAUAAGAGGUGAGGUUUAUGUUCCCCAGCUAUGGAGGCUACGCCCUGAAUGAACAGACGGGCAACAGUGUGAUGGAGGUCCCUCUAAAGACUAUGGAGAGCUUCCUGAGGAGCCAGGCAGACAUAUACAGAGACCUGGCUGUUUUUUAUAAAGGCUGUGUGUCGGAGAACCCCUUAGAGUAAACGAGGAGAGACCUGCAGGUGGAGUAACAGAAGAAGCACCUGCUGAGAUGUUAUAUCUCUCAAACGUUAACUGUUACAGUCUUAAGUCAAUUUUGCAUCUUCACAUUAAAUUCAAUGACAUCUGAUAACUGAUUUUGUUUGAAACUUGCAACUUAAACUGUUAAAUGUUUGAUAAAAUCAUGGAAAAUCGUGUCUGGAGCAUAUCACACAACAGAACAACAACAAGACUUCAGCCUGCCUGGAAAUGUGUUCGGUAAACGGUAAACUUGUAAUUUAAGAAGGCAGUAAUCGCUUGUAUCUAAAUAUGAAAUAUAAAAAUACAUGGUCGGUGUGUUCUCUCUCUUUGAAACAAUCACAUAAUCAUAUCCCAAAGAUAAAACAAGAGCGUGAAAUAAAUUGAUCUUUUCUUCGCAAUUAAAGGUGCAGUGUGUUAGUGAGAAUUUUACAGUGAAAAAAAUCCACAAGAGUCUAAUG